CGUCCUCACCCCCUCGCCUUUCGCUUCGAGGCGGCGGCGGCGGGCCGGGCUAUGGCAUGGCGCAGCCCGAUGCUGCCAGCAUCAGAGCCGCCCCCGCCGGAAUCAAGGUUGAGAAUUGCUACGUAUUUAAGAGCCGCCUGCAACAGUACGCGCAGAAAGCUGGCCUUCCAACCCCAGAGUACCAUACCCUCAAAGAGGGCCCCUCCCAUGAACCAAUCUUCAAGUCCACAGUGGUCGUUAACAACACCAAGUAUGAUUCGCUGCCCGGAUUCUUCAGCCGAAAGGCUGCAGAACAGUCGGCUGCUGAAGUUGCGCUUAUGGAGAUCGUCAAGUCUGUUCCAACAACUGAAACUAAAAGCAUUCCAGCACUACAAGAGACUGGCCUGUGCAAGAAUCUUCUUCAGGAGUAUGCUCAGAAGAUGAAUUAUGCCAUUCCAUCUUAUAUUUGCACUAAACAAGCUUCAGGCGUAGCUCCUUUCGUAUGCACUGUUGAGAUUGGUGGCAUACGAUACAUUGGUGUUGCAGCUAUAACAAAGAUGCUAAUUCAAUUUUCCGCAUGAGGAGACGUGUACAUGCAACGUCUUAACUACACCGCUUUUAAUUCUCUGCUGGACCAAGAAACGGACCAACAUACGGCAUGCUUUCCCGUCAUUUUCCAAAAAGAAUACACGACAAGUAAAAAAAGACGGAGGGAGUAAAAAUAUUAAAUCGCUGAUUUUGGUGGGGAUAUCUACGCUAUGUUGGGCUAUUUGGAGAUGUCGGAAUGAUAUUAUUUUUAGCAAAUCCAAAUAUUCAUCAUUUAUGCAUACUCUUUUCAGGAAAAUAUAUUGGUUGCACUUCUUGUCGCAACUACAGCGUGAGGACGAUACAAAAGAGUUGUUCCGCAAGGCGAGCUUAAUGCUAGAGAUCAUCUCUUUGGAACAAGCCAAUCGGGGAUGGAAACAUAAUAAUAGAUUAGCUUAGAUUUAAUCUCUUUUAUGAACUUUUGUUCCCUUGUGUGUGAUCGGCAAUUAAAGCUGAAUUGCCAAACAUUGUAAUAAGUUGGCUAAUCAGAUCCUCCUCUACA